AUGUCAUCAUUGACAGCAAUCGAUAUGAAUGAAGCAGUUAAGCAAAAAUAUCCUAAAAAAACGGAACCUACAGAUCUUAUAGAGCAAAUAACUUCAAGUGAAAAAAGCCGGCAUAAUCAAGCAAUGAUUCCACCGAGUGAUGAUACCACUACGUAUUCAACGCCUUCUUCAGAUCUUUCUACCCAGAACCAUAGUCGACAUCAUAAUGACAAACAACUUUCCACUUAUGCUCGUCAUCAUCAUCAUCAUCAUCACCACCAUCACCAUAAUGUUGAAGAUUCUAUAACAAACUUAAAAGAUUUGAAUGUUGCUGAUAAGAAAAAAUUACCCAAAGUUCUUCAUGGUAGGAAAGCAAGUACUUAUUUAAGAAUCUUUAGAGAUGAUGAAAAUUUAACUGAUACAACCACAGAAAAUCCCAAUUCCAUUCCACAGCAAGACGAAACUGAAAAUAUUAAUAUACUAGAUAAAAAACAAUCAAGACCCGGAGUUUCUUCUUCAUCUUCAUAUCUAAAUCAACGGCAUUCAAGAAUAGACCCUAGCCCAUCAAAUAUAACAACUGGUUCACCUCCUAAAAAAAAUAUUAGAGAUCACAAGGUUAAUGAUCGGAGUAAUAAAAUUAAUGAGAAGGCUAGAAAUGCUGUGAAGAUCAUCAUUAAAGAAGAAAACGGUAAUAGAAAGAUUGAUGACACUCAGGAUGGAAGAAUUUUACAAGAACAGGACAGAAAAUCAUCCACACCAUCAAGAUUAUCUGGUCAUUUGAAAAUAAAAACAUCAGAUAAUAGUAAAAACCCAUCAGACGAUUUAGCCUUAGAACCAGUAUCAUCAGCAACUUACUAUCCUCAUAAAUCAAAAUCAAAAUCUAAGAAAAAAGUAGAUAAGAUUGAAGAUAAAGAUGAAAAACCUUCUAACAUCAAAGAAUCAUCAUCGCUAUCUGUAUUACUAUCAAAUCAAGAGCAAGAAAAUUUAGAUUUUUCUAUCUCAAAGGUUCCUAAAAAUCAAGAAGAGAAUAGCAAGCAAAUAUUACCAUCAUCACAAUUAAACUCUAUAGUAGAAUCUCAUCAAUUACAUGAUUAUAAUGAUCGUACAUUUACUAAUGAAAUUAGGAACAAAAAUGAUAUCAUAAACGAAAAAGAAAAUAAUAAUGAAAUUAGAGACGAGGAAGCACAUAAUAUCCCUGCUGUUGAUAGCAUGAUUCAAGAUAAUCAGGAGGGACUUAUUAAUACUCCCAAAGAUGCUACAAAUAUAGACUUUGACAAAUAUGAAGAAGAUGAAGGUGAUGAUGAUGAAGACGAAGAUGAAGAUGAAGACGAAGAUCAAGUAAAGGAAUAUCCAUUAGCAGUCGAAUUAAAACCAUUCACAAACAAAGUUGGAGGACAUACUGCAAUCUUUAGAUUCUCUAAAAGAGCUGUUUGUAAAACUUUAGUUAAUAGAGAAAAUAAAUUCUAUGAAAACAUCGAAUUGAACCAUAAAGAUUUAUUACAAUUCAUGCCUAAAUAUAUAGGUGUUUUAAACGUUAGACAACAUUUUUAUCGGAAUAAUAUUAACUGCGACACAUGUACGAACAAUACAAAAUUUCCCGAUUAUACAAACGUUACUAAUAACAAUGACGAAAACCAAAUCUCUUCCAAUAAUGAUAAAAAUAAAAUGCAGAAGAAAAUAGUUACUGAACGUGAAGAUGAGCCAGACUUAGAAGGUGGAGCACUAUUACAACAUAUUCAUUCUUAUCCAACAGAUUCUUCACCUAUUCUAUUUAAGGAGAAAACAACUAAAACCCAUCAUCAUUCAACGACCCAACCCCAUAACAUUAUCAAUAACGAUAACUAUUAUUAUAAAGAUUCUCAUUUACCCGAAGUGGUAAUUAAUGAUAAUAAACAUAUAAUACCUGAUUCGCUUUGGGGUAAAUAUUCUCAUUCCCCAAGUUCUGCUCCAAGUGACUCAUAUAUUAAUUCCAUAUCACAUAUUUCGAGCAACCAUAACUCAAUCGAUACAGAGGCUGGAAGUGACGGUAACAUCAAACCUGCAUGUAAUGAUACCGUUGAGCAAAAACGACAUCCUUUUUACACUGGAGGUGGCUCGACAACAAUAAAUACUAAAUUAAAAGAUUUAAUUUUACAAGAAGUUUUUGCUCCAACAUUUUGUGCGAGAAGAAGGAAAAGUUCAAAAAUGACCUCAACGCCUAUGAAAUCGUCCAAUAGUACAAGUAAUAAGGAAAUUGCAACGGCCUCUGAUAUGAUUAAGAAUACAACACAAAAGCAACGUUCAUCUUCACAAGAUUAUUCUCAUAAUUCAAAUUUAUCAUUAACUACAAUUCAAGAUUCCAAAACUUCAAUCCGAGGGAAACAUAUUAAGGAUUCCAUUACUCCAAAGAAUAUUGAUACUUCAAAUUCAUUAAUGGAUUUAAAACAACUUCAUAGUAGAGAAUUAGAGAAAGAAAAGUAUAUUAAUGAUUAUUCAUCAAUCUUAGAAAACCCAAGAUAUGAAAGUAAUGAAAGUAAGAACACUGUUGAUUCUAAUAAUGACAAUACUUUUAAUCUUAACAAUAAUACCACGUUUUCAUCUAGAGCAACUUCCAGAUCUCUUUCACCAUCUCAGUAUAAUUCUCGUUCUCCUUCACCAUUAUCAGAACCAAAAGUAUUACCUGAUGAAGGAAAUAAUCUUGUAAAAUAUGAAAAUGAAAAUGACAAUACAAAUAUAGGUAGGGAUACAAUUUUCGAAAUGGAUCCAUUAGCUAGUGAGGAUGCAACGGGGUCCACCAACGAAACUAAGAUACCAAUUUUGAAAAAUGAUGUUGUGGCGCUCAAAAAUGAAACAAUAAAACCAUCAUUAUCACAAGAGACGGAAGCCACACUUGUAUCAAAAUUCAUUCUUCUAGAAGAUUUGACUAGAAACUUGAGCAAACCUUGUGCCUUAGACUUGAAAAUGGGGACCAGGCAAUAUGGAGUUGAUGCAAAGAGAUCCAAACAAUUAUCGCAGCGUGCUAAAUGUCUUAAGACAACAUCACGUAAACUUGGUGUUAGAAUUUGUGGGUUAAAGAUUUGGAAUCGUGAAUAUUACAUCAAGAGAGAUAAAUAUUUUGGUAGACGUGUCAAAAUUGGUUGGCAAUUUGCUCGUGUUUUAGCAAGAUUUAUUUAUGAUGGUGUUUCUACUAAGAGUAUUAUUAAACAAAUUCCAAAUUUGAUUAAGCAAUUAGAUAAAUUGAAUAAUGAAAUCAGUAAAUUGAAAGGUUAUAGAUUAUAUGGAUCCUCAUUAUUAUUGAUGUAUGAUGGAGAGGAUAUUAAGUCGAAACAUUUUUUAAUUAAAGUCAAUUUAAUUGAUUUUGCUAAAUGUAUCUCUAAGAAAGAUUUGGAUGAAAAUUUAGAGAACUUUAAAAUUCCGCCAAAAUCAAUUGACGUUGAAGACAAGGGGUUCUUAAGAGGUAUUAGAAGUUUAAAAUUUUAUUUGUUACUAAUUUGGAAUUACUUGACUCACGAUGAACCAAUGAUUUACGACGAAGUGGAAUUAGAUAAAUUUAUUGAAGUAAAUGCUGAAAAGUUGAAAUUGGAUGAGAAUUGGGAUUGGUUAGAUAAUUUUGAUAAAGAAGAUGAAGCAGAAUUCAAUGAUUCACAAAGUGAACUACGUAAGAAAUGGAGAAAAUAUGAAUUGAUUUUUGAUGUUGAACCAAGGUUCAAUAAUAAUGAUGAUGAGAUUAGUGAUUAG